AUGUUCUCCUCAGCCUGCCAGUGGACUCUGCACCCAUGUGCCGUUAAAAGUCUAUUGGUGUUGUGUUUUCUAGGCCUUUUUGUCAUGUACAAGACUGACAUCAAGUUCCCCAAUUUUGGCAUUUACAUGGAGAAAGGCCGUCAGUUCUGUCCUACAGUCUUGUGUGCGGCGAGAGCGCAGACCCAGGACUCACAACCAAACAGUUCCACAGAGCUGCACAUAGAACCACAUCACAAUGACAGCCAGAAGAUCCAGCAGGCAGCAGCAGUGGACGCUGAGCUUGACACUAUUGUAUUGAUCUGGAUGUGGCCAUUUGGCGCCAGAUAUGAUCUCAGCUGCAAUAUUUUCAAUAUCACAAGAUGCCACUUGACAGAUGACAAGACACUUUACCAUAAAGCCCAUGGGGUUCUCUUCCACCACAGGGACAUUCAUGGAAAUCUAGGAGACUUUCCGAAAGAGCCCCGUCCUCAUUUUCAGAAAUGGGUAUGGUCAAAUAUGGAGUCACCUGCAAACUCCGCUGCAAUCCCUAAACUUAAUGACUUAUUCAACUUGACAUGCAAUUAUCGCCUUGAUUCAAAUAUCCCAGUGCCUUAUGGGUAUCUGGUGCCAGUGACAUCUGAAAAUGAGACAUUCAAACUGCCAGCAAAGAACAAGUUGGUGUGUUGGAUUGUGAGUAAUUGGAACCCGCAGUACGAGAGAGUUAAGUAUUACAAUGAACUGAAGAAACACAUCAAGAUUCAUUCUUAUGGAAAUGCCUUUGCCCGACCUAUAAGCGACCAAGACUAUUCAAAGAUAGUUUCUAGUUGUAAAUUCUACCUCUCCUUUGAGAACUCUGUCUACAAAGACUAUAUCACAGAUAAGUUGUACCUGCCAAUGAUGAAGGGAAGUGUACCAAUAGUUCUGGGCCCUCCAAGACCAAAUUAUGAGGACCAUAUCCCAGCAGAAUCUUUCAUUCAUGUCAAUGACUUUUCUACUGCAAAGGAGCUAGCAGAGAAGCUACUUUACCUUGACCAAAAUAAUUCUGAGUACAUUAGAUACUUUAACUGGAUAGGCAAGUUGAAAGUUAAAUUGUCUUGGUUUGGAAAAGAACAUGCUUGCAAAACUUGUAGUUACUUACAAAACCACAGAGAGAACCAAGCUUUUCAUGAUCUUAACAAAUGGUACUGGGGUUAA